AUGCGCAACAGUCAUGCAAACUCCUAUAAUUGUCUUGCUAAAGAGGGUCUUCAAAAGGAAAAAGAAGAAGAUAAAGUACAUCAAUUCCUUAUGGGUCUAAAUGAGGUAUAUGUAGGGGUUAGAAGCAAUAUUUUGAUGAUGCAACCACUAACAUCCCUUGAUAAUGUGUAUAACAUCCUAUUACAAGAUGAAAAACAGAGACAAGUUGUCCCUAUCACUCAGUUCAACUCAGAAUCAGCCUCUUUUAAUGCAAAUUCCAACAAAAUUCUUCCUCAAUUUCUAUCUCAAAAACAUUAUGCACAGAGGGUAAAUUUUGAUCAGAACAUCCAGAAAACCAAUUUUGAUCAGAAUAAAGCCUCUUUGUCCUGCAAAUACUGCAAGAAGCCCGGCCAUACUAUUGAAAAAUGUUAUAAACUCCAUGGCUUUCCUCCAAACUUCAAGUUCACAAAGGGUAAAAGGAUUGGUACUGUUGCAAGUAUUGAAGGCCAGCCUUCUGGGACCUCUGAUUCUGCUGCACUGUAUUCCUCAUCUAGACAUGAGUCUUUAGUUCCUGGUCUCACCAAAGAACAAUACUCUCAGCUGCUUAAUUUGCUUCAGCAUUCUACACUAGGUGAAUCCAAUUCUCAGCAUGUCCUCAUGGGUUCUGCCAACUUUGCUGGUAAUACUUCUUCUUUGCCUUUGUGUCUAAAUGAUAGUUCUACUGUGCGUAUGUUAACUAGUGUAUCUAGAAGGGCCCAUUCUAUGAAGAAGCUUCUGGAACUUGGUAGAAUGGACCAAGGAUUAUACAAAUUCCAUCUUCCCUGUGCUGAACCUUCAUUGAAUGCAAAUAUACAUGUGAAUUCUAAUUUUGUUGCCCCUUCUAUCUCUUGUAGUGCUUAA